CUCUCACCUACCUGUCGUACCUGGGAGAAGGAGUGCCACUCGUCAUCGUCCGACUCCAAAUCAGGAUCAACUUUUCCUUCCUCCAGCAGCCCGGAGAGGUAGAAGUCGGCCAGGAAGGCUGGGAGCUGAACCAGCGACUGCAGCAGGACUCCGAGCAUGGAGCCUAUCACGGCGUGGAGCGAGGAGCGAGUCGGCGAGUGGCUCCAAGGCCUGGACGCCCCCCUGCACCAGUACCCGGUGUCUGAGUGGUGUUUGUCUGGUGUGGAUCUGCUCCAGCUGACCUCUAGGGACCUGGAAAAGUUGGGAGUUUAUAAAAUCGGACACCAGGAGCUGAUACUGGAAGCUGUGGAGAAACUGUGCUCUCUGACGUACGGCAUAGGUGGAGAGAACCUUCGCGGCCUCACAGAGAAGCUGCGCGCCGUGGCUCACACCCUCCAGAUGGGCAUCCAGAGCCGCUGGCGCCGCAACAGCUACGACGGAGCCAGCACCGUCAAGCUUCCUGCAGGCAUCCUGCAGGUUGUAGUGGAGCUCAUCACUUCAGCUAAAGGACUCUUCUCUCUGCUCAACAGGCAUCAGUUCUCCCAGCUCAGUGGACUCACUACCAGCAAGAACAUCUUCAUCUACUGCAGAGAGCUGGGGGAAAUCGUCCACAGGGACAGCUCUGUGUACGAGAAGGAGAAGGACAUCAUCUCUGUGUGCCGUCAGAUGGUGGCAGUUUGUGAUGAGAUUCUGAACUCCAGCUCUGAGUCUUUUCUUACCCACACCGCUCAGCUGGAGAGUGUGGACCUGAUACCUGUAUCACCUGGAGAUCAGCUGGGGAUUGAGAUAACGUCGACGGGCUCCAUUAACCACUACGUGACUGGAACUGCAGCUGAGCCUUCAACUGAAGCCUUUGUGAAGAUCUUGGCUGGCGAUGAAGUGAUUCAAGUCAACGAUCAAAUAGUGGUGGGCUGGAGCCGAGAUAACCUGAUCAAGAAGCUGAAGGAGAAUCCCAACGGGGUCACUCUGGUCCUGAAGAAGAUUCCUGGGUCACUGAGACGCAAAGAUCCUGUCCAGAUCUCUGUGCCACAGGAGGAAGAGGAGACCAAGGAGAGUUCAGAGGAGGAAGAGGAAGAGAACCAAAGGCACUCCAUAUUUGAGAGGGUAGCAGCGUCAGUUAGGUCCUUGUCUUUUAGGAGAGCUGUUCACGGGCCAGAGGCGUCUCCACAGCCUAUGGGACAGGAGGAGUCUGAGUUGUCCACUGACAGAGAGCAGGAGGGGAGUCUGACUCUCACUUCAUAUCAGAACCAACAGGGGGGGCUGUCACCGCUGUCAGCAUCAGGGUCUGAGUUCGACAGUUUGGACAGUUCAAGGCGCUCCCCGAGACUAAGACGAGACCGGUCGCCGUUACCCAGAAGUCCCUCACCCUUGGAAUUCAGGAGUUAUUCUCCUCAGGGGGCCAACAAGGAGAGAGCAAGCGUUAGCUCCUGUCCUGAAAUGGUGGGGCACACGGGGAAUAAGGAGACAAAGAAAAGCUCCACAAAAGGCAUGACGACGGCUUUGAGUCGGCGCCGUGUGUCCUGCCGUGAACUGGGUCGACCUGACUGUGACGGCUGGCUGUGGAAGAAGAGAAAGGAGAGCAGUGUCUUCCUCGCCCAGAAGUGGCAGCGCUUCUGGUUCAUCCUGACAGGGCCUUCGCUCUACUGGUACACCAGCCAACAGGAUGAGAAGGCCGAAGGUUUCGUCAACAUAUCCAGCUACAACAUCGAGAGUGCUGGAGAGCAUAAGAGGAAAUAUGUGUUCAAAAUGUACCACCCGAGAUUUCACAACUUCUUCUUCGCUGCCGAUAACGUCAGCGACAUGAGCAAGUGGAUUAACUGUCUGAUCACAGCAAUACAGAAGCACAAGCAAAAAGGACCUGAAAGUGAAGAAGAGUGUUACAGUGAGACUGAAUCAGAAAGUGAGAGAUCCCCUUCACCACGCAGGAAAAACAAGAAAGUGCAGUCCAACACUCUGCCUCGGCCCAAGAAGAAUAACAAGGUGCCUUUAUCGAGUCCUUCAACAGGGGGCGGCAAAGGGACAGAAGGAGGGCAGGUGGACGAGAUGGGAAUGAUGCUAAACAACAUAAAGGAGGGAGGGGUUUCUCUGAUUGGCAGCGAGCAGCCGUUUACACACGACCACUUCAGGAAAUCGUUCAUUCGACGCAACAAGAACCCCAUCAUUAAUGAGAAGGCGCACACGCUCCGGGCCCUGCAGAGUACGCUUAAGGCCAAAGAGGCGGAGCUUAUGCAGAUCAACAAGCUCUUAGAGGAGUCUGACCUGACAGCUACAAAGUACCGUCAGUGGAAGGAGAACAACGACGAUCUAGCCAAAGAAAUCGAGAGAGCUGCAGCGCUCAGGGCCACCAAAGACGGAGACAGCAGGAACGUGCAGGACACGCCUACUGAGGAGGUUGCCCUGGAAACCGUUGCCACAGAAACAGCCACCACAGAGUCUGAGGGCGCAUACAGACUGAGCCUCAGCGACGGAGAGCAGUUAGUGGACGCAGAGCCUGCUGAUGUUCUCCUGGAGAUCCCUCAGGGUUCUCCGAGUGUGGAGGGGAGUCCCGUGUUAGAACUGUCUCUUGGGUCUCUGCAGGAGUCCAUAAACCAACAGCUGAGUCAGAUGGCAGAGAGUGGAGAGGCUGGAGAGAACUACUUUUAUAUUUAAGACUCCAACAACUGGCACAGUCACAUCACUGCUGAGUUUACCAGAAUCAGACAAAUGAAAGACAUUUUUUUAAUGCUGCAGAGGGAGAGAGGUGACAUGUGAGUCUGCACUUUAAUCAAGUAUUCUGUCUAAUGAGUCAGAUCUGGACUGACCUGUAGACUCCCUCACAAUUGCUAAAAUACAACAGAGACAAGAACAAUAAGCCAAGUGUUGUUUUACUUCAGUAUGUAUUUAUAAAGUCUAAGACUGUCUCAUAUUUCUGAUAAAAAAUAGAACUUUUAAGACAUGAACAUUUGUAAAAUAGUCAUGCUUCUUUUAUGUAAAUACAGUUUUACAAUGUAUGUUUGUUUAUUGACAUUACCUUAAUAAAGGUAUACAUUUGA